UCUAGUUUCAGACAGUUGUAGGACAAAACAAAACAGCAAAAUGACGGCUAACAUUGGUAUGCUCACGAAGUUCUGUCUCCUCCUGUUUAGUGUCUACUGUUGUCAAGGAGCAGACAUUGGAUACGAUACAAAUUGCGCUACAGGUACCGACACUUGCACAGUUACAGGGACCGCAUGCAUUGAUGACGGUUCAGGCAGUAAUACUAAGUGCCUUUGCGAUGGAUUUUGGGAGGCGAACACAACCCCCGACGGAUGUGUUUGUAAAACUGGUUAUAAUCUAAACACGGCCGGAGACGCCUGCCUUGGAGAGGUUGGUUCCGCGUGCACUGCAAGCACUGACAGCGAUUGCCUGGCAAAUGGAGUGUGUACUGCUACUGUCGAUACAUGCGCGUGUGGAGCAGCUUACCUAGCCGGGUCUGCAAAUGACGACACGUGUAGUGCAGGAGUGGGAGCAACGUGUACAGCUAGCGGUAACGAAUGUAGGCAAGUAGCAGGCGCAUAUUGUAACACAGCAGUUUGUGCGUGCGGUGCGGCGUAUACUGCGUCUUCAACGUUAUGUGACGGCACUACAUGUACAGCUGACAGUGUGUGUGUAGACCUUGACGCCAACUCUAUGUGCUACAACGGCAAAUGCCAAUGCAAGGCGGGGUACAGUGUCAAUCCGAGUGGAACAAAUUUGUGCGUUACCACUUUCGGUAGCGGAGUCAAUGGCAUUGUUGGUUCAAUGACAGUUCUGAUUGGAAGUCUCCUUCUAGCAAUGCUGUAAAUGUAAAGCACUCCUUGUCGACCUGACCAAUAACGGACCAAGGCAAAUGAAUUAAUGGACGUCGAUUACCAACUACCACGAGCAAUACAACAUUUCUUCAAGGCUGUACCAUAGGCGUUGUUUCAUCGAUGGCGAUUCUGAGCGGAAGUUAAUUUCUAACAAUUAUUCACGUGCAAAUCAAUUCACUGACUGAAUAAUGUUUUAUACACAUGAUUUUAUAUACAAGCAUGGGUUCCAAUAGUCAAUCAUUUUUUGCUUAAAGGCAAUGCUAUUUUCGUAAAUAUUUGUUAUAUACAAGUUAAACAAACUUUGGUGAACAACGUUAACGCGAUAAGCAUAGGAAUAGAUCAUUUUCAACUCCGUCUCAUUUCUAAAUUAUAAAAAAAUAUGUUGGUAUUAUGUUGCUCUUGUUUGUAUGUGAAUAUCUUUGCUGUGUACUUCUUAUUUUUUUUCUUUUGUAUUAAGUAAACAUGAGUUCGACUGAACAGUUAUCUCCCUUGAUAGACGUUGGUAUAACAUUAAAAAUAUUGCGACAGCAUUUUGCUGGUCAAGUUUUUAAUGUAGGUGUAUCAGCUUUCUUUAGGUUGAAGAGGACUGAUUAAGUCUGAGCCUGUUUACACAAUGCUGUUUUUCUUUUAAAGCAUUUUCAACUAGGCAUAAACUACAUGCACUAUUAUUUGAGAACAAAACAAAACUGAAAGCUGAUCUUUUAUAUUUGUAUCAGCUUUUAUGUACGUUUCUGUAAUGAUAACACUAGUGCUGUAGUGCUGAAGCGAUUUUUUUUCAAUCUGUAUUUAUUAUAAAUAUUCAUUAUCAUGUGCUACAAAUCUGCACACCGUUUGAAAUUCACUUUGGAUAUAUAUGUAAUCUUACGUACAUUUAUUUUACAGUAAAUAUAGAAACAAGCUAUAAUGUAGAUAAUUAAGGACUUAUAUAAACGUUGUUAUAACUCUAAAAUGAAAUCAA